GUCAGCGCCCGGAAGGACCCAAGGGCACGGGAGUCCAGCCCGCCCCUUGCUACUAGAGAUCACGUUCCUCGGCUGCGCCUGUGUCUCGGGCGGAGCCUCCCGCGAUCACCACUGGAUUUGUCUGUGCCACCCUUCCUCUCUUCUGGGUUUCAAUAAAGUUUUCCUCUUCCCGUGUACGGAGCUCAAGAUGGCGGCCUCCUGGUCGCCCUUGGUUACCCUGCGCUUAGUGCAGAGCCGGCUGAGAGGGAGAUGUUUUGGGUGCAGGGCCUGGGCCGCUGCUCUCACCCCUCCGGCCACCGCCCCUGGAAACCCCCUUUGGAAAGCCUAUACAGUCCAGACACCCGAGAAUGUUUCCCCAACUGCAGCUACAGAGGCUUAUUCAAAAGCUUUGGCUGUUUGCCAUGGACCGCUGGACCACUAUGACUUUCUGAUCAAAACUCAUGAGCUAAAAGAUGAUGAACAUCAAAGAAGAGUCAUUCAGUGUUUGCAGAAAUUACAUGAGGACCUUAAAGGAUAUAGUAUAGAGGCAGAAGGUCUUCUUUCAAAGCUUUUUUCAAGGAGCAAACCUCCAAAGGGCCUGUAUGUUUAUGGAGAUGUUGGUACGGGGAAAACAAUGGUGAUGGACAUGUUUUAUUCUUAUGUGGAAAUGAAGAAGAAAAAACGGGUUCAUUUUCAUGGUUUCAUGCUAGAUGUGCACAAAAGAAUACACCGCCUUAAACAGAGUUUGCCAAAAAGGAAAGCAGGAUUCAUGGCUAAAUCAUAUGAUCCAAUAGCUCCUGUAGCUGAAGAAAUCAGCGAUGAAGCAAGUCUCUUAUGUUUUGAUGAAUUUCAGGUCACUGACAUUGCUGAUGCCAUGAUUCUGAAACAGCUUUUUGAAAAUCUGUUCAAAAACGGGGUCGUCGUUGUGGCAACAUCCAACAGGCCGCCGGAAGAUCUCUAUAAAAAUGGACUCCAAAGAGCAAACUUUGUACCAUUCAUAGCUGUUCUGAAGAAAUACUGUAAUACGAUCCAACUAGAUUCUGGGAUAGAUUACCGGAAAAGGGAACUUCCUGCUGCAGGAAAACUCUACUACCUCACAAGUGAAGCUGAUGUGGAGGCUGUCAUGGAUAAGUUGUUUGAUGAGCUGGCUCAGAAACAAAAUGAUUUAACUAGACCAAGGAUUCUAAAAGUGCAAGGCAGAGAGCUGCGGUUGAAUAAAGCCUGUGGAACCGUUGCCGACUGCACAUUUGAAGAGCUGUGUGAGAGACCACUUGGAGCCAGUGAUUACUUGGAACUAUCAAAGAAUUUCGAUACAGUGAUUUUACGAAACAUUCCACAAUUUUCAUUGGCAAAAAGGACUCAAGCUCGAAGAUUCAUUACUCUCAUUGAUAACUUCUAUGAUUUCAAGGUGCGCAUAAUUUGCUCUGCAUCGACUCCUAUAUCAAGCUUAUUUUUGAUUCAACAUCAUGACAGUGAGUUGGAGCAAAGCAGAAUACUGAUGGAUGAUUUGGGGCUGAGCCAGAGCUCAGCAGAAGGACUCUCCAUGUUUACUGGAGAAGAGGAAAUCUUUGCAUUUCAGCGUACCAUUUCCCGUCUCACAGAAAUGCAGACUGAACAGUACUGGGAUGAAGGGGACAGAAGCAAGAAGUAACCAUCACUUUGGCAUGAAUAUAACUCUGGAUAAAUGACUAGUGCCGGGAGAACUCUUUAUUAUGGAACUUGAAGGAAUCAUUUUCUCAUCAUUAAUUAUGCACUUUGUCCUCUGGACCAUUUUUAUCUAAAAUUGCUGUCAGAGAUGUAGUGGAUUAGUAAGUUAAAGCCAUUUUUUAUAGGUCUACUUUUCCCUAUUUAUUUGGCCUUAUUUGUGCAUCACAAAAUUAAAAUCAGCACUCCCAAAGAUUAAUAUGGAAUCAGACAUUUUAGCUUCAUAUAAGCAACGCAAAUGAACCUUGACCACUUCCUCCAUACCCCCUCAUUCCCCACACACAGAGUGUCUGGAAAUCUCUGAGCUUCAGCUACAGAAUAGUUGCAUGAGAGAAACACAUCUUCUAUGAGAAGGAGAAAAAGCCCUCCAUUUCAAUUCAAAGCAAAGAUUGCUUUCUGAUUUUAUUAUGAACUUAAAAGGAAUAAUGAGAAGAUCAACUUUUACAUGUAAUUUUUUUGGUGAUAAAUUAUAAUAAAUCUCCCAGGCCUUCAGGUUUUCCCCUGACACUGAAUAUAUUUUUUACCCUGAGAUCAAGUUUGGCAGGCGGACCUGAUCUCCAGUGACACAAUGUUGCCUGAAAAAAAAAAAAAAAUCAAGGAUCAUGACAUCAUAGAAUAUGGAGCAAGGGUGUUAACUUCCAACUGACAUGCAGAUCCCCAAGUGUGAUGCCAGUAGGAAGACAGAUAAAAGGAAUGCCCUGGUGAGAGUGUAUAGGGAGGGAGUCAAGUCCUGGACACACCAAGCAGCAGAGUAGACUCCUGUCAUCUGAGGCCAGGGUAAAGAGGCUCUGCCAGACGCAUUUGCUCUGGGUGUAUAAUGCCACUCCACACCCUUGCCACUGCCUCUGUGCUGAGGUGAACCUAAGAGUACAAUGGAAAGAAUACUUGACCAGCCUACUUAAAUAAAAUCCAAUUUGUUUUGCGUUGAGGUCAUCCCCUGAUUCAUUCAAGUACAACCUGACUUUGCUAACUUUUAUCACAGAUGGGAACUUGGUUGAGGCUGUGACAAGAGCCUAAAUCAUCUUUCAAAAAAAAGUAAUAAUAAGGGAAAAAAUGAAAUACACAGUUUUGUGAAAAAUCAAGCAUUUUUGGAGGGUGGGCACAGGUGAGUUAGCUCAAAUAAAUGAGUACAGUUUUCAGCAUAAGUAGACUCUUUGAAUCUGCUUAAUUUAUUAAUAAUUUAUUCAUGGUCUAUUUAAAAUAUUAACCUAUUUAAGUCAAGUAGCUAACAGAUAAGGUACCUGAAUAUAGAGAAAAGUUUAAAUCAAGGUUUCUGGAAAUUAAAUGUAGUUUAAAAAUAUUUUUAUUGCAGUGAAACAGUGAAUUCAAAAAGAGGUUAUGUGUCAGGGAGAAAAGGAUAGGAAAUAACAUUUUGUGUUAGAGUACUAGUUAUUUACAUGAUCUCAGAUAAAAGGUUAAUCCCAGAGAGUUAAUACAAUCAUCCUUAUUUAUACAUAAGAAAACUGAGGCUUAGAAAAAUUAAGUAGCUUGACCUGAAUUUCAGUUUACAAAUACAAGACUCAUGUGUGUCUUAUACACUUUCAUAAAAAGAUCAUUUUAAUAUUGAUUCUUUUUUUUUUAACUCAGUGAAAAUGAACU